AUGUACACUGAACCUAAUAAUACAAAUGAAUCAGACAAAGAGACUUCCGCAGAGAGGAGGAAGUUGAAUGCUCAUACCACGCGAUCGGAAAGUGCUCCCCAGGGGCAUGCCGAAUGGGCCACUGCUUCUGAAGAUUCUUCUCACCGCGCAAAACAGGCCAAGGUUAUUCUUCAGAAUGAGCUGAGCAUCGACAAUGAUCUAAUACCUGACCGGCGGACAAUCCUCCGCUCCGCGUUAGAUCUUGUUGAAAAGGUGGUGAACAGAAAGAAUUUGGACUUGGGUGAAUCUUCAUCGCUCAGGAUGGCUGAAACCCACUACGAAGGCAUUGAGGUUCCAGACGUGCCUCCACCAGAAUUAUUGUACAUGCUUCUUCGAGAGCAAUCACCGACAUUGAAUGUUGGAAAAUACGUUCAAGUUCAAUGGCCUGACCAUGUCACUGGCAAAUCGCUGGAAAAUAUGGCCAUAAGGCUCCUGAACGGUGAUGCUCACGGACAGCUAUACCAUCAGCUCUGUGUCUGUAUUUAUGUAAAGGCUGUAUGCCAUGUAGAUCAGCUAUCAAGCUUGUCAAACAACGCCACUCUCUUAAACCGACUUCUGGGCUCUAAGAAGGUGUAUGAGUUCGCUGCCAUUCGAGCGCUUAAAGAGAUCGACAUAUGCACCACGCCAAGUUUCACGUUGGUUCAAUCGCUGAUAUCUGGUGUGAGUACCCGCAGUGGCCCUUCGAGAUUUAUGGAUACUUACGCCGGUGGUGCAGGCCAAAUUAAUGCAACAAACCGGCAGGAUGGAUCAAUGCUGGGUGCUCAACUCGUAUGCGGCACGCUUGAUUGUCGCCUUGAAUUAUCAUGA